AAGAAGCUCUGGAAAGUGGAGUCGUGAGUUCUCGCGAUGCGAGAUUAGCGAAGGCAGACUGCGAGACCGACACGAUUCCAGUAGAGUACUGAUAAAAUUCAGAAAUGUCGGGUCGCUCGGUCCGCGCGGAGACCCGAAGCCGCGCUAAAGAUGACAUUAAGAAAGUGAUGGCGGCUAUCGAGAGAGUACGGAGAUGGGAGAAGAAAUGGGUCACAGUUGGAGAUACAUCAUUAAGAAUAUUUAAAUGGGUUCCUGUGGUGGACACAAAGGAGAAGGACAAGAGCAAAGUGUCUGUGGGUGGAGAGAUACAACGGAAAAAUUUUCCCACGGAGGAGUCAUCUGAUAACUCCUGUUCUGUACUGCUAGACUUUCAAGAUGAGAACAGCAACCAAAGUUCUCUGUCAGACUCGUACCAGCAUAAAGUAGCUGCAGACAGCAGCAAUAACUCCAGUCCACAGCCCAGUGAGCCAGUCAGCCCUGCACCUCAGAGUCUAGACUACCGUACAGAUGACCCACAGCCGCCCACCCUCGGCCAAGAAAUCAUGGAAGAGCCACUGCUGCAGUCGAGUGAGAUUGCAGAUGAGCCGCCAACACUGAUCAAAGAAGAUCUUUUACCCCUCACUGCUCCGGAGGAUGAGGACAGUUGUGGAGCCCCACCACUGAAAAGAAUCUGUACCGAGCAGGUCUCGGUCAUCCAGGCGGCCCCUCUUAGCUAACACACACACACACACACACACACACACACGCGCACACACACUGUACACUGGGCAUUGAUAAUCAGCCAGACUGAUCACUGGCCUUCCUAGAACUGCUGCAAAAGACACAAUAUGGACCAGACAUCAAAAAAGCACUAUAUUUAUUAUCGCAUGGGAUCGCUUUGCAACAUUUUAGAUUUACAAAUCUUUGCUUUCCCUUCAUAUCUCCCACAAUAUGCUUCCAUUCAGGUCAUGUCAGGAUUAUUGUUCAUUUUUGAAGAUCUCAUAGUAGAAUCUCUGAAUUGUUAUCUCCUACACCAAUUCUGACAUAACCUGAAUGAUGCAUUAAUUCAACGUUUAUAGGCCACAACCAAAAAAAGCCAGACUAUUGACUAGAAAUUCCUGUUUACAGGGAGAAUGAAUGAAUGUACUAUCACUAUAAAGCCCUUCUUGUUGAAAUUAUUAUAAUGCUAAUAGUUUUAUUUUAUUGUCAUUAGAAUGUGAUGCUUGUUAAAAAAAAGAAAGCCAUAAACUAAUUUCAUGUUGACUGAAGGUUUAGCCAUUAUUGAAGAAAAUAUCCUUCAAAACAAAGACAAAUAACAAGUUAAAUGAUUAAAGGGUACUUGAAAAAAUAAUUGAACACAUCACGCUUUAUGCACAAAUAAGCUCAUUAGACCACACCAUUCCCUUUUAUUAAAAACAAUGACUCAACAAGCAGAAUGUCUUCAAUCAAAUUCUGUAAGUUUACACUUAUAUAUGCUAUCCAUAUUUUCUGCUUUUAGAUACUGGUCUCAGGGUCUGUAGUGCCUCCAACUCUCUUUUGUUGCUGUAAUUGAACAUUUACUCUCCUGUCUCUGUUGGACACCCCUAAAAAUACCUGUCUCUUAUGCCACAUUUUUAUUUUUUGCACACUGGUCUAGUGGGCACAUUGAAGUUGAUGAAGCAGUUGUAUUGUUAUUUGAUGCAAAUAUCAUUAAAAUUUUAGACAUUUAAAGAUCA